CCGCCUCCUCGCCCUCCGCGCCUGCGCGGCUCCGCCCACCCGAAUUCGGCGGGAAGCGGGGUCCCGCGCUCCCGCCAUGAGCGGCACGGUGAUCCCCGGGACGCCCAUCGCCGUGGACUUCUGGAGCGUGCGCAGGGCCGGCGGCGCCCGCCUCUUCUUCCUCUCGCACCUGCACUCGGACCACACCGUGGGGCUCUCCAGCACCUGGAACCGGCCCCUGUACUGCUCGCCGCUCACCGCCCGCCUCCUGCACCGCCGCCUGCAGGUGCCGGCGUGCUGGAUCCGUCCCCUCGAGGUGGGCCAAAGCCAUGUCCUGGGCGAGGAGGUGACAGUGACUCUGCUCGACUCCAAUCACUGCCCCGGCUCGGUCAUGUUCCUCUUCGAGGGCACCUUCGGCACCAUCCUUUAUACAGGGGACUUCCGCUACACCAGUGCCAUGCAGGGCGAGGCGGUAUUGAGGGGCCGCCACAUUGACCGCCUGUACCUGGACAACACCCACUGCAACCCGCAGCGGUCCCUGCCCUCGCGGCAGCACGCCACGCACGAGGCCGCGCGCAUCAUCCGCAAGCACCCGCGGCACCAAGUCGUUAUCGGUGUGUACAGCCUGGGCAAGGAGAUGCUGCUGGUGGACCUGGCAGUGGAGUUCAGCACCUGGGUGGUGGUGAGCCCCUGGCGCCUGGAGCAGAUGCGGCUGUUGGAGCUGCCUGAUGUGUUCACCGCUGAGGAGGGCGCCGGCUGGAUCCGUGCGGUGGAUGUCGCUGAGAUCCGCUGGGAUACCCUCGUCAGCUGGAACACGCUGCACCCUACCAUCGCCAUCCUCCCUACCGGCAGGCCCAUGAAGGUCACGCAUCCCAACAUCCACCUCAUUCCGUACUCGGAUCACUCGUCCUUUUCGGAGCUGUGCGAGUUUGUGAAGUGGCUGAAACCUUGCUCAGUCAUCCCAAUUGUGAAGGGCGGCAUGUGCCAGGCUUACUUUCAAGAAUACCUAAGUUCUGCCCCCCAGGCACUUCCUGACCUCAGAGUCCUAAAACCUGUGCAGGAAUCUGUACAGCAGCAAAGCAGAAAGAAAGGGCAGGAACCCAAGUGUCUCUUGAAGAGAGCUGUGUGGCAUUCUGUGCCCAGAGGAGUUGUUUAUGAGUCGCUAGAGAAAUACCCUGAGAAUUCUGAAGAGUUCAGAGGUUUUGAGGUUCCUCAGCAGAACUGCUGCGAGUCCGCUUGCUGCUUGACUGAAGGUUGCACUUGUCACAUGGGCAAGGAGAAAGGGAAGGAAGAGCAGAGUGGAGAACAGCCAGGAGUAGCCAAGGCAGCUAGUGCUGUCAGCCAGGCGCCUGUUUCCGAUGAGCCCUUUCCAACUGGACUUGCAGAGCAGUAUUUGCUCACUCCCCUGAAUGUCCUAAAGCAGAAUUCCUCACAGAAAUUUGACAAGCUGGUGGAAGACUUCUUUAGGAGAUGAGAAGCACUUUGAAAAACUGUGACACUUGCCAGUGCCAAUGCGUUCUAUGCAUUCGAAGGCACGGGCUCAGGUUUCCCAUCAGAAGAGAGGAGCUGCGCUCUUGGGGCUCUUUACAUCU